CUAGGGAAUCCUGAAGAUCAACAUGGCAGCAUAGAGGCGUGCGCGAAAGCUACGCGUGCUGCUAAACCACAGGCUAAACCGUCGCGAAGCGAGGUUCCUUUUAGACCGUUGCUCCCGUCGCACUUACUUUGUCGAGCCGUCCGUUUGUUGACGGACUUUUACCAAAAGUGAGCAAGCAUGUCGGACGACACGGAGGAUGCCGGGGGCGACGAGCAGCAGAAGCCGCAGAAAAAAGUCGCCAAGCACGACAGCGGUGCCGCAGACCUCGAGAAAGUCACCGACUAUGCCGAAGACAAAGAAAUUCGAUCGCAGGACAUUAUGUGUGCUAUGUCCAUGAUUGGCGAUCGACACUCGAAAGAAACAGCAGAGAAGGCGGCACGGCAAAAGGAACUCUCCAAGGUGGUCAUCAAGAAGGAAGACGUGGAGCUCAUUAUGCAAGAAAUGGAGAUUCCUCGAUCCGUUGCAGAGCUCAAACUGCGGGAGCACCAAGGGAAUGUCGUUGAGGCCCUCAUAGAACUGACUAACUAAAUCUUGCGUGUGAUUAAACGUUGUGUGUCAUUUUAA